CUGCAGACUGCGGGGACCGCGGAUUGAGAGUGGACCCGGAGCCCGGCAGCAUGAACCCGGGGAGCCGCUCCCAUCCGUCCCCGGAGCACGACAGCGCCAAGCCGGGGGUCACUCGCCCCCAUCCGCCCUCGGAGCCCAGCAGCUCGAAGCCCACCGCCCGCCCCGAUCCUUCCCCGGAGGCCAGCGGCGGCGGCUCCAGCCCAUCGGAGCGGUUCGGGGUACUGAGCACCGAGCAGCUGCGGCAGCUUCUGCAGGACGAGGGCAAACUGCAGCGCAUCGUCCGCCUGAGCGAGCAGGUACCGGGGCUACCGCCUCUCCCAGCUCUCUGUGUCUGGCUAUAGGGGGCUGUAUGUGUGUCUAUGGGGGUCUGUCUGGCUAUAGGGGGCUGUAUGUGUGUCUAUGGGGGUCUGUCUGACUAUAGGGGGCUGUCUGUGUGUCUAUGGGGGUCUGUCUGACUAUAGGGGCUGUAUGUGUGUCUAUGGGGGUCUGUCUGACUAUAGGGGCUGUAUGUGUGUCUAUAGGGGUCUGUCUGACCAUAGGGGUGUGUCUAUGGGGGUCUGUCUGGCUAUAGGGUCUGUAUGUGUGUCUAUAGGGGUCUGUCUGACCAUAGGGGUCUGUAUGUGUGUCUAUGGGGGUCUGUCUGGCUAUAGGGUCUGUAUGUGUGUCUAUAGAGGUCUGUCUGGCUAUAGGGGUCUGUCUGGCUAUAGGGGUCUCUCUGUGUGUCUACAGGGGUCUCUGUGUGUGUCUGUCUAUAGGGUCUGUGUGUGUAUAGGGAUCUAUGUGUGUUGCUAUGUACAUACAUCACCUGAGACAUAGAGCAAACUGUACACCCUGCCUGUUGAUAGCCCUCAUCAUACCCCAAAUUGUACAUAUGCACACCCCUAUAGGUAUGCAAUGUGCCCCCAUCACCUAUAGACUCUUGUGGUCUAUAGGUGCAGCUCCCCUCCUAGCUGCUAUAGAGAUUGAGCCUGAAUAAUCUUACCCAACCCUCCUUUAUUUAACCAGUCUAUAGGGUUCUAUAGGUGCAGAUGGCAUCACCUAUAGGCAUCCGUACUGUGUACAUGAUGCAAACAUCCCCCAGUGAGUUUCAUUGUGUCCACCGUGUAGCCAACUCUUCAGUCUACAGGGCCCAGUGAUUUCCACAUACAUAAUAUUACCUGCAACCAUUGUUAAGUGCUUAUCCCUCAUUAUGGUGAAGGAAGCAGUGCCUUCCUUCAUUGCUGUACACUGUUCUAUCUAUGGAACCCCAGGGCAUACACACAGCCACCUAUUCCAUUGUUUGUAAAUAAACAUAGCUAUUCAGAGCUGGAUACAUCACUCCAGUGAGCAGGCUGUGAUUGAGACCAUCCUGAGCUCAGAGGAUGAAUACACUGUGUUGAUGUCUGUUCAGGGCCUAUAGCACUGACCAUAGCCCAAAGAUGUAGAUCCAGUAUUAAUAUCCACACCUAGUCUACAUGAAUAGGCAUUACAACACACACAUAUGUGUAAAUAUAUUUAGACUGUUGUGCAAGCAUGCAUCUUCCAUUCACUUCCAUUGUAUUUGGGAAAGACCCAUAUCAUCUAUUGUAUUGUACCCAGGCAGCCUGUAACAUCCCUACGUAUUUAUAUGUAUAGGCAGAGAUUGUAGCAUCCCCAGACUGGGCCUGUACCACCCACAUAUCCUUCUUAUGAUUUACACACAGCCUGUAGCUAUGGUACAGCCUUGUGAUGUACACAGAACCUGUGGAGCCUUCGUGAUGCAUACGUCCACACAGGCCUCCAAAUCUGUACAGAUGUAUUCUGGCCCCGUGCAGGCUAUUUGAGUUUCUCCAGUAAAUGUAGAACACACAUCUGCAACACAUUUGUCACAUACAGCUAUAGAUGUUGCUUGAUGAAGAGACAUUGCCAUUUGCCGGUGUGUUUGUUAUGGUAUUGCAGGCCUGCUGGUGACAGGCUUUGUAUCCAGGCACUGAUCCCUCAGAAUAUCUUCUUUUCCCCCCUGUCAUUUAGCCAUCUAUUCUUUACAUCACCCUCCGCUUACAUCUCUUCUUUGUUCUCUCCUUCCUUUCCUCCUGGUGAUUGUCUGGCCUCUAUCCUUCCUUUGUGUUUUUGUCUUUUUUGGCUUAUACUGCAUGUUGUGUGUCUGUUUACCUGCAUUAUCAUCGGUUUAUCACUCAAUGCCCAUCUCCUUUUAUUCUGUUUAUAUCGUUUUCUAUUUGGCUAUAUACAUUGUGUCCUUUACUUUAACUAUUUUUACUCUCCCUUCGUGUUUUUUUUUGUCUAUAUCUUACUGGAAUUGUUAUAUACGUGUUAUUCAUUACAAUGGGAGGAGAAUAAUCGACAGAGGAAUUGCAAAUUUUAAGAAUAACAUUUUAAGAACAAAAAUAAAUAGAUGGGUUAGCUUUUUUUCAGUACAGAUUUCUUAACCUAAAAUUUGCAGUCCUUUGUCAGCUUUAUACAGUUCUUAGUUUAGUAAAUAAACCCCAUAUCUAUUUGUUCGACAGUAAUGGUUAAUUUUACGUUUUGUAUUUUUGGGGUUCCGCCUUACGGAUCCCAUUUGACUGGAGUGGGUAUCAUCUGCUCUAAAGUCCACAAAAGCAGUCAAAGUAUAACCAUUACUAUUCAUGAAUGGAAAUGAGAAAUUGUCAUGCCCAAUUCAUUACUUUUUACAUGGGAUUGUUUUAUAAUGGUUCCAUAAAUAUUAUUGAUACAAUAAUUGCGCAUGAUUGCAUAGGGUGAUAGCUAAAAGCCUGUGUAUACUUUGACGUUUGCAUGUUUUGAACACUUGCCUGAUUCUUCAAGACCAACCAUAUCCAUGUAAGUUUUAUAUUGUUUCCUCCAUCUUUGACCUAUAUUGUAAUUAUGAAUGUUCUCUUCAGCAGUGACUUCAUGUUGUCUGUCUGUCCAUACCAUAGUUCACAUUUCAUUACCUGUCUACUAAACUCUAUUGUUAUCUAAAACCACGUCAUUCCUAGAUUAUUAGCACCCUUUUUGUACAUUUUGAUAUAGAAUGUGUACAGGCUUGAGUUGUAGAGUAAAUUGCCCUUUUUAUAACAAUUGCAGAUUUUAGUAGAACAUAUUCUCCUACCCAUUUUCAGAGACACAUCAACCCACACUAGAUAUUUAUACAAACACAGCGCCAUUAAAUUAUGUUUUAAAACACAAGCCUGAUUCAAGACCAGCCAUCACUCUUAACCUAGAAACAUAGAAUGUGACAGCAGAUAAGAACCAUUCGGCCCAUCUAGUCUGCCCAAUUUUCGAAAUACUUUCAUUAGUCCCUGGCCUUAUCUUAUAGUUAGGAUAGCCUUAUGCCUAUCCCACGCAUGCUUAAACUCCUUUACUGUGUUAACCUCUACCACUUCAGCUGGAAGGCUAUUCCAUGCAUCCACUACCCUCUCAGUAAAGUAAUACUUCCUGGUAUUAUUUUUAAACCUUUGUCCCUCUAAUCUUAUUGUUUUAAUUGUCUUAUUGGGACAAUUAAAACAAUAAGAAGUGUGCCUUUUGAUAAAUCUUGGGCCAGAUAGACGCAAUAUAUUUUCCAGUGGGUAAAUAAUAUUAACUUACUUAUGAGCAAUGAUUCUUUUUAUGUAUCGAGUAUAUAACCCUAUGAUGUUUAUCAUCUGAUGUAGAAGAUAUUAAGCUCAUAAAGUUGUGAUAGUGCAAAUCAAGACACUGUCGAUUACACUUUACUCACCCAGCACUAGUUAACUCAGUCUGAAUCUUCUGGACUAUGCCCUGGUCUGAUAAUAUCCCAUUGCUGUGACUUACUUUUUAUCUAUAUUCAAUCCCUAGUGCAGGCAUGGGCAACCUUCAGCACUCCAGAUGUUUUGGACUACACCUCCCAUGAUGCUUUGCCAGCAAGAGCAUUAUGGGGGAUGUAGUCCACAACAUCUGGGGUGCCGAAGGUUCCCUACCCCUCUCCUAGUACUUGUUUUCUCCAAUCAUGAUUUUGGCUUUUGAGACUUUGUUAAAGCAAGUUCUGUAGUAACACACUUGUAUACCUUUUGUGUUCUUACUUUCUCUGUUGGAAUGACAUUGCUCUGCAGAAAGUCUUUUAUUACAAGUGUAAAGGUUACGUAUAAGUCUACCUUUUUCCUUUUCUUAAUGCCUUCUACAUAUGCAAUUCUUUGCCUCUGUACCUUCCUCUAUCUCUCUCUUCUGUUCUAUAGGUGCAGUCGCUUCAGGAGGAGAGAAAAACCUCUCUAGCAUCUAAUUUUGAACUUGCUCAAAAAAACCUAUCUCUCCGUCCCCGUCUGGAAACUGGCAAAGCCAACCUAGCAAUCAAAUACCAGCUGCUGCGAGAGACAUGCGCGUCCUGUCGCGGGAAACUACGGAAAAUUCGUAAGUGACAUCUCCUGAUGGUUGUUCUGAGAGCCAUGUGCAGUAAUAUCAAAAUCAUGUGACUUACUCUGAAUAUGUCACAUGUAGGAACACACUUAUCUAAAAGGAAAGUCAGUGGGUCACUGUGUGAUCGAGUAGAAACAAUGUACUUAUGGCUGUAAUGAAACUGUUAUCAUAAGACUGUAGAUCGGUAUGGAAUAAUAAUCCAAUAUUGUAGACAUAGAAAAUUAGUCUGCUAAUAAACUAAUACAAAAAAAGUCUGCAAAAACCCAAAAUGGAAAAAAAUAAAUCCUGUAUCUCCAGUAGCAUGUUUCUACAUCUUGUUUCGUGGGUCGUGGUGGUCUACACAAUUUGUAAUCAAUUGACAUCCACCUUGAAUUCUAUAUUUUGAUCAUGUCGUCACCCUGCCUGCCACAAUCUUCAUAGUUUGACUUAUCGGGUAUUAGAGAUCCCAUAUCAUUUUCUCAUUGAAGACGUACCAUUAUUGUUUGCUUUUUAUAUUUUUGCCAUUUUUACUUUAUUAAUGUGUUAUAUUGUUAUUGGUUUUUGAGUAUGGAUACUAUUUUCUUUAUUUUUUUACACGUGUUGUCUUUGUUCUUCUGUAGUUAUUGCAUCCAUUAUUUGGUUGCAGUUUACAUGCUUACGGCCAUUGUACACGUGUUGAUGUACAUGUUGGCACUGUUACUUAGCACAAUAUUUACUAUACGUUUGUUUUGUGUUGACCUACAGUCUUACAUUAAAUUAUCUUUUGUAGUCAAAGUUGUGAUUUAAAGUACAUAUCCCAGGUGUCCCGCAGUUCUAGGAGCUCCACACAUUUGUUUUCUAAAUUUUUAUAAUGGUGUGUGGUUUGUAUGAAUGUAUCACAGAGUCACUCAGUGAUAAAAUGCAUAAUAAUGUUUUUGUAAAGUAUUGUAAAUACAAGUCCAUUAAACCCUUAAGGACGCAUGACGGAAAUAUUCCGUCAUGGUUCCCUUUUAUUUCUGAAGUUGUGUCCUUAAAGGGUUAAAUAAUCUGUAUUUCAAAUACUUUGGUCUUGUUCUACGUUUCUUUUUCAGUUACAUUAAUUGGUUUAAGUAGACCACAGGAUUCCUGGUUUAACACCUCCAGAACAAGUCUAGAAGUCAUUCAAGUUCGUUGUUGUUUGUUUGUUUGAAAUGUUGGGGGUAUUUAAUAUGGCUUAUCAUUACUGAUUGACCACUGACUUUAUUUUUAGAAAAUAUUGUUCCCAUAAGUGAAGAUUGUUGCUUGUACCUCAACAGUAUUAUAGUAUAAUAUGUGAUUUAAUUUUUCUGUCAGUUACUUUUAUGUAGAGUCCCUUAAUUUUCUUUAAUUUUACUUUUUUUUUUUUUUUGCUGUUAGGGGAAUUUGACCUUCUGAAUAUAUAGCAUCUGCGGAAUCUACACAUUCAUAUAUGCUAUAUUCUUACUUAUUGUGUUAUCAGUCAUGUCAGUGCAUUCUAAAUUCAUACAUCAAUUCAUUUUUCCUCGUCAAUGCAGAGUGUUUUAUAUUAACAGGGCAAUAAACCAUACUACAUACUGGGUAUAUGUUAACAAUAGAAGAUUUAAAUUUCAAUAUUACAGGGGCAGUCUAAGCACCAUAUCAGUUACAGCUAAGGGUAGUGGUUAUAUUGCUACAGGUCUAUGAAUGUCAUCCUCUGUUUUUACUUAUUUAUUUUGUCAAAAAAUUUCAAGCAGUUCCACAAAAUUUGGCCUCUCCCAUCACUCAGAAAGCACCCUCCCUUUAACAGACACUACUGACACAACUUGCGUCUCUCACAAUACCCAAAAUGGGCGGGCCUGCCUUGGAAGUAGGAGUGCCUGCCCACUGAAUUGGCAUGUCAACCUGGCCUUAUGCAAACCAGGCUGACAGACAGAAUCCUGGCCAAACCCCAACAUAUUGUGCGAGACCGAGAGCUCGGCUGAAGCACUCCCUUUAUGGCCCUAGUACUCACUGCACAGUACAAGCAUGUCUAAUGAUGAUUUGUUACUUGGGAACAAUCUGCUGGUGUCUCUAGAUGUUAAUAUCAUGUAAAUAACAUAGACCAUUUUAUUUUGCAUCCAUUUGUACUAUAUUUCAUGUGAAUUGGGCAUGCAACACUUGCUCUUUUCUAUCCUUAGAUAUUUGCUUGUGCACCUGUCCUAGAAUCCCAUUUCCGUUUGUGUCAUACUUUUUUUUGACAAUUUAAGGGGUUGUACUUUUUGUUUUGCGUGUCAGGGUAAUAAUAACUUUAUUAAUGAAUACAUUUUUGUGAUAUUACCUAGAAUGAAUACUUAGUGUAUGGAGAUUUGUUUGACUAAGUACAGAAUAUGAUAUCUAUGAAAUGACCACCAUUUGCCACCUCGCAGAGUCGAGUUCUUUUGAUUGCAUUGUUCAUAACAUUAGUUAAUGUUUGAGGUUCUAGCGCUGAAUUACUGCAUGGAUAUUCUCUGUGAGCUCCUCAAGUAUACGUGUUUUGUACACUCGCUCCAUCAGAUUUGUUCACAGGAAGUAAUCGAGAGCUGAAAGGUUGGAUGAACGUGCCACCCCUGUCCUCUCCUCAGUCCGCCAUUUUAUUCAUUUAUUUUUGCCAUUUAGGGGUUGCGGACCAUCCCCGAAGAGGUUACCACAACCAAAUCCAGUGUUUCAUGUAAGGAAGUGCUAUUCUUGUUAAAUGAGAAGUCAGUGAUGGACUUUGCAAAGUGGAACAUCUGACAUAAACAAAAGCUUUUCGGCAACUUUGAAUGGAUUUGAAUCAGCUGGAUGUUAAAGGACCAUUAUAGUGCCAGGAAAACAAACUAGGUUUUCCUGGCUGUAUAGGGUCUUUGGGUCCCCUCCACCCUCAGGGUCCCACUCCCGCCGGGCUGAAGGGGGAGGAAGGGGUUAAAUUCUUACCUUUCUCCAGAGCGGGCUCCAUCGGCGCUGGGGACUCUCUUCCUCCUUCCGACGUCAUCGGCUGAAUGCGCAUGCGCGGCAAGAGCCGCGCGCGCAUUCAGUCAGUCCAUAGGAAAGCAUUCUCAAUGCUUUCCUAUGGAUGUCAGCGUCUUCUCACUGUGAAAAUCACAGUGAGAAGCGCGGAAGCACCUCUAGCGGCUGUCAAUGAGACCGCCACUAGAGGCCAGAUUAACCCAUAUGUAAACAUAGCAGUUUCUCUGAAACUGCUAUGUUUACAGCAGGCAGGGUUAAACCUAGAUGGACCUGGCACCCAGACCACUUCAUUGAGCUGAAGUGGUCUGGGUGCCUAUAAUGGCCCUUUAAGUGCCAAAAAGAAGAAUAUUAUAUACGCCAAGCAAGGAGAUGCUAGUUUGGGGAAAUAGUCCAUCUCUUAUUGUGGCAAACCUAGCCACCUGGACAUUAUACAGAGACUGUGGCUUUAAGGGUUGCCUGUAUGUUCCUGGGUGUAAUGUAUGCUGACUGUAUAGUAUUGUAUUGCCUGUAUUAGCUAUCUGCCGAAAGCAGAUAGCUGUAUUUCAUUUCGUUUCACGAACGGCACCUUUGGGGGCCGUUCGUGAACCGAAUAAACCCCCCUGUAAUAGCCCACACAUUAAGAGACGUGUGGUGCUUGUUAACCGAUUGCAACAAUGUUGCAAUCGGUAAUUAGAGGGUCUCCUAGGUGGCCGUUGUUUGACUACCGACCACGCGGCGGUCGGCCAUCUUGGAUCCUUUGUUCCUCCAGCGGUGUUUGGUCGUCAAAUGUGUGGUACUAAAAACGGCUACUCGACGGCGCAAACACCGCUGGACUUCCAGGCUGUUCGGGAGUUCCGGGCCGUUUGGCAUUUUAUUCCCCAUAUGCCAAUCGGUCUUUUAAAUGCAUGUUUUGGUGAAUAUGUUUUUCGUGCGGCGUUCGGUUGUUUUAGCUGGGAUCUGAGCGGUAAUCUCACGAAUGAUGCGCUCAGACCCCAGCUAUCUACCGAACGUCCAUUCGUGCAAAUCAUCCUAAUAUUCAAAAAGUUGUGUUUUACUAUAAAUUGCCGGUUCUGCUGCACGGAGGGAUAAUCCACUUAACGGUACAUUCCAGUGGGAGGAUCUCUCUCGUGCAGCAGUGCCUGAUGGGAGAAAUGCUCUGUACUGUAAGUUCCCCACGUAGUCCACUCCUGGAAUACCCCUGGGAUAGGACUCAGGAAACCCCUUGCAUGGGGAAUUGUAUAAAUUGUGGAGCCUGUGAAUAGAGCCUCAGUUGACUCUCAGAACUGUGUUUCGUCCGGUUACUGGGAGAUUUGUGAUAAUGCCUUACUUUUCAGCGCUUGACUGUGUAUUACCUUCUGAACCAGCGGAGAUCGUGGGAUUUAAUAUUGCCGCUCCGCUACACUUAUAUCUGUUUUUUUUAUUUUUAUUUUUUCAUGUGCUGCUCCAAGUUCCUCCAUGUUUUUCUUCAUGUACGUCUCCUGUCCUUUGGUCUGAACGUCAUUGCAAUAUGUCUUUAUCUUGAAACUAUUUUGUUUAUCAUUGUCUUACUUGGGUACCUUGUGGUGUCUGUCUAUAACCUCCUUAUUUCUCAGGUUAUUUUAGAGUGUCUCUCUUUGUGUGUAGCCACAGAAAUGUACUUCAUAUAAAUAUUUGUGUUCCUUUUUUACAUCGUUUGGUCUUUCUUAACUCAUUUUUAACCCGUGUUUUGUGUCCUUCUGACAACUGUUAUUUUCUGUGCUCUUCAACUAUAUAUAUUGUUGUUGUCUCUGUGUUUCCUCCAGGUCCCUAUCUUGCAAUAUUUGUUUUCUGUGUGUUUUUUAUCUCCAUGUUUGUAUAUUGUUUAUCCAAUUUGUUUCAUGUAUCUCUAUUUGUAUAACUAAUUAUUUCUAAAUUACUAUUAUACUUAUUUCUUUUUUUUUUUUUCCAAACACUCUUUUCACAUGGAGUGGACCUGAUGUUUCUGAUGGCUGUGUUUAAUUUGUUAUCCCUUAGCAAUCUGUAUCCAUUAUUACCUGUUAUCCAGUGUCAUUCUGUAUCUCUCCAUUUAAUAUGUUACCUUUUUUAAAAUUCAUAUUAUAUCGUUUGGCAUUGGUUUGUUUUCUACAAUUCUAUUUGUAGAUUGUUUACUAAAUUACCUUUUUCUAUUAUUUCUCGGAAUCUUUCCUUGAUUACUUGGAAACAUUAGGCAAAUAUUGACCCACAAUUUCAAUGUAUUAUUUAGAUAAUGCUUUCGAAAUAGUUAAAGAGAGGAAAAAAUUGUCCUCACCAUCAACAUUUCUGUAGAAUCACAAUGUUUAGAGAGGCUGUUUUCUUUAACUAGGCUCUGUGCAGCAAUCUACCCAGCCAUUGACUGACUAUGUUAGUGGACGCAGUUAAUGCUCUCUUCAAGCAUGCGCCGUGUGUAUACCUUUUUGCACAAGUUGGAUAAAAGUGGCAAAGCAGAAAGGAGCUGACUUACAGCUGACUUACAGCUGGAGUGAUUAUUCCUAACUGCUGCAGUUAUGAUACCUACUUGUGGCACAACCCUGAUACUCUGGCUGAGUAUCUCUACCAAACAGCCCUCCUGAUCUCACAAAGUCUUCAGUGAUUAUAGCAUAUCCACCCAAACAUUAGUUAAGACUUGAUGACGGGUGAAAAACAAGGAUUCUUUAUUAUGGGUACACCUAUUUAUACCCAAUAGUAAACCCACCCAGGCGUCUCCAGGUCUGGGAGGUGAUAUGAUUAAACAGCUGCCAGACACAUAGGCAGCUGACAUAAAAUUUUUUUGUUGUUUUUUAAAAACACAAAGAAAACCAUUAGGAAUCCCCACACAUUUGAUAUCCCCUUAUAGCUUGUACCCGAGCGCUCAAUGUGGCAAAAUAACGCCCUGAUCUGGGGUUCGAAGCAGAAAUGCUGCCCGAUAUAUAUGUUUUGACUGGCCGCGAUUGAGAGUCAGUCCAAGAAACCGUUCCACGCAGCCAUCCUGAGGUAGCAAUGAAUUACCGGAGAGCUUAUCCAGCAGUUUACAAUGUUCGGGUGGCUAGUAUUCAUGGAGCUUAUACUGCGGUUGUCAGGGAGAGGGAACAAGGAGCCAUGGCAGGGUGAUUAGCGCUCUUUUAUGACAUUUUAUUAGUGUUCCUUCCCACCUUUCAAUAACUUUGAAAUUAUGCAGUGUUGCUAUAGUGCUUAGAGUGACGCUUUAAUUUAUAUUACCUGCUGACUGUUGGCUUUAUUUGUAUCUUAAUACAUUGCCCUUGUGAUGGGCUGUGUUGAUGUGCUUUGUUCACCUUAGAUAACUGUUGAUCUGUAUCUUGAAGCAGACUCGCAUUAUAGGUGUCACGGAUGGCGGUCCGGUGCCCGGGACCCAGACACUCUCCGGGCGGCGGUGCGAGGACCGGGACCCAAUAUGCCUGAUAUUCAGAGUAGGAGUCACAGUGUGGAGGUGGAUUAGCAGGGUCUGGUGCAGGGCAACCGCACGCCCCUUGGUGUUGAGCACCAGCGUUUGUGCAGCCACAUACCAGAACCCUGAUUCAGUUUAUGCGGUUUCCAGGAACUAGGAGCAGAUAAUUAAGCAGACCUCCCAGGAGCUGAAUAGGGAGGCUCUGCAGCAAGGAUGUAUCCAGUACUGAAGCAAGGCAAGACUAGGAGAGCAAUGAUAUCCCCCUCCCGCCCGGCUCUGGGGAGAGGAAAGGGUUAAAACUGACCUUUUCUCCAGCGCCGGACGGGGAGCUCUCCGCCUCCGAUCCUCCUCCUCUCCUCCCUUUCGGCUGAAUGCGCACGCGCGGCAAGAGCUGCGCGCGCAUUCAGCCGAUCUCAUAGGAAAGCAUUUACAAUGCUUUCCUAUGGACGCUUGCGUGUUCUCACUGUGAUUUUUCACAGUGAGAAUCACGCAACGCCUCUAGCGGUGUCAAUGAGACAGCCACUAGAGGAUUUGAGGGCUGGAUUAACCUAUUUAUAAACAUAGCAGUUUCUCUGAAACUGCUAUGUUUAUAAAAAAAUGGGUUAACCCUAGCUGGACUUGGCACCCAGACCACUUCAUUAAGCUGAAGUGGUCUGGGUGCCUAGAGUGGUCCUUUAAGUGAAUCCAAGAGACUGGGAAAUCCAGGGACAGAAUAUAAGAAUGAACUCAGAAACCCAGCAACAAAGAAAACCAGACAUAGACCAGAAAACCUGAAAAACCAAGCAAGGAUAGCAAAAAGAGUACUGGAUACCAGAAGCCAUUGCCAGAAUGAUCCGCAGCGAGGAACAGAACGUGACAAUAGGCAGUGGCCUAUAUGUUAUGAUGGCUUAUUCACAUUAUGCUCUUUGAAGAUGCCAAGUAUGCUGCCUACCUGGGAAAUUGGAUCACCUUCAGUUCGAGUGGGACCUCACACUUAUUUUCAUGACAGUAGCAAUUCACGUUCGUGUUUUUAUAUGGGUCGAACAGCAUAUCAGGUUGUACACUAUAAAAAAAAAAAGUAAAAAUAUAUACUAACAUUUUUGUACAUUUCAUUGCUUUUCCAUCCUUAUGAUUUCCAGGAAUUCCACCAAUGGUCUAUAUUUCACAUUUUGCAAUUAAGCAACUAACAUUCCACAAAUCCCACCAGAUAUUCAGCCACUUCCUGGCAUAUCUGACAAUCCUCUGAGCACUGUGCAAAAUCCUAAAUACGACCUGUGAAGUGUACUAUAGUAGUAAAUUAGUAUCAUGCAGUGAGUUUCCUGGAGCUUUUUAUGGAACAAAGUCCUUUAUUUUAGAUCAUUGUCUACCCCUGAAGAUAAAACCUAGAGCAUGUGCUUAGGAACCAAAUAAAUUAUGUUGGGGCUGCCUAUUGUAAUCCCAGCCCAAUUAAGGGAGCAUAUACAUUUCUGCAGUUUUCUACAGGCAAAAUUGCACAGUGUAUUAUCACUUGGGAAUCGUAUUACUAGAAUGGGAUAACCAACUCUUUUAACAUAUGUAGUGUUUUUCUUGUAUUUCUAAAACUGUGACAUACAUAAUAUUAAAAGCUACAUUCUAGGUGGGAUUCAACUCUCUUUUUUCCCCGGGUUCCCAACUCAUGACUUAGUUGGUACAUACAUUUACAGAGUGGUGCAAAAUACCCCUACACAGUUGUUCACCCUGCAUACAAAAUUGCUUAAAGUGAAUAAGUCAUCUGGUGUAUGGGGAUAUGUAAAAGUGCUGGUAGUUUUCUUCGGAUGUUGGUUGCCUACCGACAUUCAAUUCUGACAAUGGUAGGAGUCCCGCUGAAGCUCUUACUAAAUGUACAUGCAAGUGGCCUCUUUUGUCUCUGAACUCAAGUGGCCCAAAGUCUCGACGUCUGGGAAUUCAGGAUUAUUUGUGAGGGGAACAAUGGCUCCUUUAAUGUGGAUAAUGAGAGCUGAUGUAGACUUUUUAACAAGGAGAAAAAAACCCACAGCACUCCAUUUGACAAGAGGAAAAGGAAAUGAAACAAAAACCAAAAACUGGCAAAAAUGUACACAUUUAAAAAUAUAUAAAAUUUUAAGUUUAGCAAAACAAAAACAAUCUUCCCCAAAUUAGAACACUCCAGCAUAACAUACGAUGUGUGAUUUUUAUUUAUUUUAUUUUGGCUUAUAUUUAUUCAAUAUUACCUUUGCAAAGUUUAUCACUGACAUCACCUGAUGUAAAAUAAAAAAAAAACAUUGAAUAUUAUACUAUUAAAGGUAGCCAAUAUCAUCCAGAGGCAAAUAAAAACAAUCAUCUGGUGAUCACAAUAGCAGUACUCAUGAUCUCAUCCUUAAGGAUGUUAGGAAGCAAUUUGAAUUGGGUUGACUUAUUAACAUAGUCUCAGAAUUUAAAUAAAAUAAUUUAGACUUUCACCUCCAAAUUAGGUAGAGAUCUCCAAGAGCCAUUGAUUGAAACAAAUCACAUCAAAAUAUAAUCACUGAUUUUAUGAUUUUAAAUGUCUUUGUCAGUAUGUCUGGAUUACUUUUCUGUUCUCAUGGUUCUUGGUCAUUUUUAUAACCUCUAUUUGUAUAUACUUCUGAACCAGCAAGCCUUAAAUUUAAAGCAGAAGUGACCAACACAAUUACUGUCUUUACUGGGAUGCAACUUAAUUAUCUCAUGAUGGACAUUUACGAAGAAAUAUAGUACACUUGGGUAUUCCUUCAUCAAUACACAUGGUACUGCACAGUUUAAUUUAAAUUACAGCUGGGCAUGUAAAUUAAGACAUAAUUAUAAUAGAAACUUAGCACAAUUCACUGCUAGCAUUUAGUUGAGAUUGUUCCUUUUAAACCAUGGAUCUCUGCCACACUCUAGACACAUUGGUACCGAAGAGCAAGCUAUUGAGUUUCCCUAAGCUUUUGUCCGUUCUCAGAUUUCCCAUAUUCUCUGUUUUUGUUGAAAUGUAUUCACUUGGCUCUCCCCAAAUUAAAGGAUAAUCUAAACGUGGACCCCGUGCUCACUGUGCCUAGAGGUAUAAACCUGGAUAUCAGCUAAAUCUCACUGACAAGGCCAAAAGAAGGCCGCAAACGAUAAUCCGGUGUUGCUGUAUCUCUUGUGCAGAGAGAACUUACGGCAUUUCUGUUCUGGACUGCCCUUAUGGGUCGGAUCAUUCGGAUAUGCCUUGGAAUAGUUUCUUUCUGUAAUCGCACAAGUAAACAAGAACUAUUUUGAGACCUGAGCGGGGAUGUACCAAAUGGCAAGUUGUAGAGUUUCUCUGAGUUUUUGUCACAGUUCUCAUAUUCUCUGUUUUUGUUAUAAUAGAAACUUAACAGCACAAUUCACAGCUAGCAUUUAGUUAAAAUUGUCCGUUUUAAACAUGGAUCUUUGCAGUGGAGAGAGGCCUCAUGGCAAGUGAAGUGGCCUCAUGGCAUACAUAAUCUCUCCAGAUUGUUCAAAUGUUUAUGUUGACACGGGUGAACAUUCCUCUUCAGUUCACUCCAAAGGUUUUCUAUAAAAUUCCAAUCACGGACUGGGAUGGCCAUGGCCAUGGCAGGACUUUGAUUGUGUGUUGCUUUUGAGGUACAUUUUGGAUGAUUGUACUGCUGGAAUAUCCAACCAUGGCCCAUUUUAAGCUUUUUGGCAGAGGCAGUUUGAUAGAGUCCAUGAUACCAUGUAUCCUAACAAGAUGUUCAGGUUCUCUGGCAGAAAAACAUUAAAGAGCCACUACCAUAUUUAACUGUUGGCAUGAGGUACCUCUAGUGUUUAUUGCCAAAAAGCUCUGUUUUUUUUUUUUUCAGAUUAUAGAACCCAAUCCCCUUUGCAGUUCCAGUAGUGUCUGGCAAGCCAAAGAUGCUUGUAUUUGUUUUUCUAGAAACCCUUCCGACCAACUGGUGGCGACGUCAGAUUGUAGUUUUGGAGAUGUUCUAACUUCUGCAGUUCUCCAGCUGUGACCCUUGGAGAUUUUUGCCCACAUAAACCAUUUUUUUUCAAGGAGCACGAGAAAACAUAAACACACGUCCUCUUCCAGGUUGACUCAUAACAUUUCCAGUACACUAUAAAUGUCUUAAUUAUUGCCCUGAUGGUAGAAAUGAGCAUUCCCAAUGCUUUUGCUGUUUUCCUUUAGCUACUUCCCAUAUUGUGAAGCUAAAUAACAUUUUGCUGCACAUCACCGCUAUAUUCCUUGGCAUAACCCAUUGUAAUGAAUGACUGACUAAUGGAAUUUGGAAAACAAGAAGUCUUGAUUGAGCAAUUUCCUGUUCCUAGAAACCCAGGUGUACUAAAAUAUUUAAAAUAACAGUGGGGAUAUACGUCAAAUAUAUUUAUUUAUCAUUAUAUUUUAUAAACCUGUGUUGUGUUCGCAAUUGUUUGAUGAGAGCAGAGUAGUUUUUGAACAAAAGAUCAAAAGUUUAAACAAUAAAGACAAUUUAUCACAGCCUUCUUUGCUCGUAUUUACCAAGGGUGCCAAUAUUCGCGGAGGGCACUGUAUAUGUAUUGUAAGCCUUUGUGCAUUUUGUAUGUAAAUUAACUUUUUCGAACCACUUAUGAUAGUUUACUUUUUUCCUUAAAACUACUAGAUCUUCUCUUUGUACAUAUGGGUUCUAAUAUUUUUCUUGUAUUUUUCACUUUUUCAUACUAAAAGGGAAAUUUAUUGUUAUUUUAAAUAUCUUAAUCUUUGAAAAAAUAUUUACUUAUUCGUGUGCAGAAAUCAUAUUGCCAGUUAUCCGACCUAAUACUCAUUAUUUUGCAAUUACAUAGUUACAAUUGCCAGAUCGAAGGUGCACGAAGAUAUACAAGGAAUUUCUUCAAUCUUCAGUUGAGAUGGCAUAUUAUAACAAAGAUUUUAUCAAGAUGUUAAAAAUAAUGACAGUGUUCCUUUAAUACUCAUCUUAGAUGCUCCGCAUAAUCGGAGUAACCGAGUAAUUUAUAGUCACUCUGAAAGCACAGUCUUUAGUUUGGUUUUCUAUAAACUAACCCAGUGAUCACUUUAUCAUUCUUUUUCAGAGUGCCUCUUGCAGGAAUGUAACCCACACGUUGCACUCAGCCACCUGCAGGAGGAGCUGCAGAGCACCGAGGCAGAAUGUGAGGUCAGUGUCCGUAUGUUUUGCAGAAUUAUGAAUCAAAGGUUUUAUUACUGUGUAAAUCUCUCCAAAUGAACUUGGAACUAACAGCUAGGUUCUUAUAUAAGAGAUCAGCAUAUCUCUUGUAAUUGUGUUCAGAUAGACAUCAAUGGGAAAACUGAUAUUUAUUUACCAGAUUUAAGUUGAUCUCUGGUAAUAGAAUUUGACCUUUAAAGGUACACUGUAGUGUUACAAAUACAUAUCUGUAUUCCUAAUGCUAUAGUCUUAAUGUCCCUAGUUAAUUUCUGGCUCACCCCCUCUGUGCACUUAAACUAACUAAAAGGAAACAAAACACCCCCUUCCCCCCCCCAAAAAAAAUUGUUCCCUUCUCUACAGUGUUGAGUCUCCUGCGGCGCUCCCAUGGUCUUCUCCUAGAAUUAUGCCAUCCUGGAGGCGUGCCUUCAGUAUGACGGACCAAUCCAAUGUUCCUCAUAUAGGAUUAUCAAGGACCAUAGACGCAUGCACGGCGGUUUCCACUAUUCCCCUAUAAUUCUGCCAUAGAGAAUUAUUGCAUGCAGUGAAUUUUAUGAUUGACUGUGAAGACACUGCGCAUGCACGUUUAACGUCAUGGUGUGUGAGAUUAUGAAAGCCAGGAAGUAACAGUGCCAGCUAUCCUUAAGGCUUAGAUGCGAGGCUUGAAGCUGUGCUUCCAAGUCUUCUAAUUAUUAAAAUAUUGCCUUUUUGAGCCUGGUACUCAGAGGGAACUACUGUAGACACUAUAACAAGUUAACAUAGUUUAGGUUGUUCCUUUAAACCGAAACCUCCACCCUAAAGUCAAUAAAGCUCAAUAAAUGGUAGAAUACGUUACAGCUAAACUAUCAUUGUCAUAAAAUGUCUGUGACAGACCAAACUCCAGGUAAAUAUUCAUGUAAUUUAUACACACUCCUAGUGAAAUCACCAGUACAUGUAUAGAUUAAAGCGUAGUUGCCAACAAUCUAGACGCUAACAGGACAAUGCUGAUUUUGGCUUUUGGAGUUAACAGAGAAAAGUACAGAGUGUACUCUCUUAUAACCUCACUAGGUAAUUCUUUGAAAAUCUGAAGGCUUCUGUAACACUCUGUGGAUUGGUAAUUCUAACCAAACUAAAGUGCAUUAGGUGUGCAGAGUGUCUCUUUAAUGGUUUGACCAACACAAUCUAAAGAUAACAUUUGCAAGGUGGGAAUCUGUUGUGUUUGUCAUAACAAAAUUCCUUGAUGCCAAGUCUUAUAUAAUGCGAUUUAUAUCUGCACUUAAGGUACGUGAAUAAAUAAGCAUUGAGCUAAAAAAAAUAAACAUGCAAGAAAUUUUUUUUUUUUUUUUACAAAAACUUUCACCUUCGCUCCUUUUCAUUGUCUCAUAAUUCAAUAAUUCCAAAGAUAAGUGAUUACAAUUAGUUGCUUUAAUUAAAAAAAAAAAAAAAAAAAAAGUGCCACUAUACAAAACCUCUAAUUACCUUUUUCAAGAGUUUAAGGGAUACAUGCAGGGCUGUCAUAGAUGUGCUUUGAAAGAUUUACAGAAACUGUGCACAUGAAUCUAUCAUAAGGGUUUCAUUCAUUGAAGAACAAUGAAUGGAAAUACUCUUGCAAGUUUAUAGCUGGCCAGAGACUGUUCCAUUUUAACAUGUCGCAGUAAAUGUGUGCGGUAAGUUGAAACACGUGGUUGCUGCAUGAUUCAAACAUGUAGGCCAUCUUCCCAUUAUAUGUCAUGCAGAUAUCUUCUCCUCAUGCCAUCCAUGCCCUCUAUAAUCCUCCCAUAAAUUUCUAAUAGGGCUAUUCACUAAAGUGAGAAUUGUUGAAAUUUAAAGGGAAUUUUAAAUUUAAGUCCUAUGUAGCUGUGCUGAAACCGUAGCUGACUUGGGUAAUUGUUUCAAUCCAUCUAUUUUGACCUUAAAUUUUAAGUUCACAUUUAAUGCCAGACAAUACUCAUCUUAGUUAAUAGCUCCAUAAGGGUGCAUGAGAUUCUAGGAAUCCUCAGACUUUAAUGAUUCGCAUCAAAUGCCUGGCUGUGCCAAGCUAGCCUUUCAGUUAAAGGGAUACUAUGGUCACCAAAAAAAAACUUUUUGCAUAAUGAAGCAGUUUUGGUGUAUAGCUUAUGCCCCUGCAGUCUCACUGCUCAAUUCUCAUUUGGGAGUUAAUCCUAGUUACACCUCCCUGCAUGUGACUUGCACAGCCUUCCUAAACACUUCCUGUAAAGAGUCAGUUAAUGUUUAAACUACCGUGAUUGCAAAUUCUGUUUAAUUUAACAUGUCUUAUCUCCUCUGCUGUUAAUAGCUUGCUAGAUCCUACAGGAGCCUCCUAUGUGUAAUUAAAGUUCGAUUUUCAAAGCUGGAGAUAAAAACUUUGUGUCAGUCACAGCCAGAGGAGGUGUGGCUAGGGCUGCAUAAACAGAAACCCAACUGACCUAAUUCCUAAAUUGAUCAGUGAGACUGCAAUUAUAUGAUCUAUACACUAAAACUGCUUCUUUAUUCUAAAGUUGUUUUGUGACCUAGAGUAUCCUUUUAAUGAGGAUUCAAUAAACUGAUUUUUAAAAUAUUUUUAAUACACAUCUAAAUAUUAGCUAUCAGAAUAGAAUAUUAACUCAACGAUUACCAUUCAAACUCUACCUUACCUUAUUAAUCCUUUUCUUAAAGGACUUGUCACACACUCCUGUCUUUUUGAGCACCAGUGCCGAAAAAAAUACUUUAUUCUAACUCUGCAAUUAACAUUUUCCUUGUGUAAAUAUACAUGUAUAUUUCAUUGUAUUUUGCAUUUUAACUAACAUCUUUCUUUUCGUUUUUUCUUGUUAUAUUUGCUGUCUUAUGUGAUGUUUGUUUUGUUUAUUACUUUUAUUCUUUUUUACACUGUCUCAAUUUCCUUCUCUAAUUCUGGAAUUUCACCCUGCCUCUCUUCAGGCCCUAUCUCAGCUGUUCCUCGAGGGUUCCCUCCCUCUUCUUGUUUUUCUGGAUUCUUACCACUUGCUACGGGCUCAGUGUCACAUACGCAGGAUCCAGAAUGAGAAGCUGCUUGAGCUUCUGGGAGAGACUCUUGACCAGGACACAUCCCCCCAAACCCAAGAACUGCCUCCUGACCGGGAAUUGCCCCCUCAACCCACCAAAUUACCCUCUGACCAGAACCUGCCCCCAAAGCUUCAGGAACUUCCCCCACAGUCCAGAAAACUGACCCCCAAGCAGGCCUUGCCCCCUCCUCAAGCCACCAAAUUGCCCCCCAACCGGGAUCCUCAAGUGAAGCCUCGCGAUGUAGCCCCUGGGGGGCAACAGCCUUCUCGACCCCGAGAACUGCCCAUCCAAACCAGCAAACUGCCCCCUGAAAGAAAACUGCCUUCCAACCCCAAGGAAAAGCCCCACAAUCCCAGAGAUCAGGCCUGUGCUCAGUCCAUUCCUUCCCCUGCUGCCCCUUCACAGAUGCCCCCAGCUGUGUUUCGUCUGCCUCCACUGCCAUGCGGUAUGACUCCUGCAUUGCUGAUCCCAGCGGAGGUGCUAUCACCAUUUCAGGGUCCAUCUGCCCAGUCCCCUGGCUGCCUCCCUCCACUGGGCCGCCCUAAUGCUCAACAGCAACAGCAGCCCCCAAGGGCGCCUCUGCGCUUCAUCGCUCGAAUCUACUUCCUGAGCACUCGGCACCUUAGAGUGCUGUCCAGAGCCCAGCGGCAGCAGCAGCAGCAGCACCCUCCAAAGCGAUAAGUGAGGGGCUGCGGGCGGAUAAGGGAGUGGGGCAAAUUAUGGGACGGGGGACAGGGUAGUUGUCUGUGUGUCAGUGUGUGGGUGUGAUUGUGUGUGAAUGAAUGUAUCUGCAGACAUAGUAUGUUUUCUUUGUUAAGGCAGGAUGUUUUUUGUGUGUGGGAGGAGUGUGUGUAUCUGCGUGCAGAUGUGGACUGUGCAUUUAGAGAGACUGAAUAUGCAGUGAGUUACAAGGUAGUUUCCUCUGGAGGCAACGUGUGUGUCUCUGUGCAUGCAACGCAUGCUCAGUGCUUCAUUUUCCAUGUAUUUAUUAUGUGUUUGUAACCUCAGAGUGUGCGCAUCACGUGUCUGUGCAGAUUCACUGUGUAUAUCAGAAGGGUCCAAGUUUUCAUUGAUGAUUAAUAUAGAACUACAACUUCCAUCAUCCUUAGACAGUCCCCGGGAGACACCAGAGGAUGAUGUGAGCAGUUCAACAGAUAAAAAAUACCAGGCAGGUAUAUGCUCUAUCUCUGUGCAUGUGGUGGCAUGCAUGGGGUGUUUAUUUGAUAGUCUUUGUGUAUUUUCACACAAAUGUGUAGGUGCAGUUUUUCUGCAGUGCAGUGGGAAUGUCGGUAUGGCACAUACGUAGAGCGCAAAAUGCUGAUUAGACAUAAGAUUUGAGUUGCGGUUGUAUGUACGAGUGCUUUGUGUAUGCGUGUAUGCUGUAAGUUUGGUUGUAUUAGGAAAAAAACAUAUGUAUGCUUGUUUUGAAAUAUUGCACUUUAUUAACAAUGUUUGGAUGACAUCUUAACAUUAUGGGUGCCUGGAAGAUGCGCAGGAUGCUGAUUUGCAAUGUGUUACCUCCUUAGUCCACACUGGAUUUGAGCUCAAACUAACCUUGAAUAAAUCAAGAGAUUCCUUACCAAGACCUGUUGGCACUAAUAACACGCUACUUAUAAUACUAUUCUAUACAGAUUUCACUCUGUACAGCCAAGGAUCUACAGUGUGACAUAGCUUAAGAAAUCUUUGUAAAGGCUUUAAUAUUUUUAAACUAGUAUAGAACAUAGUGAAAAUCGCAUUGCCAUCUGCCACCCUGAUAAUUUGGACUGAUACUGUGGUAAAUCCACUGGAGGGGCGAGGUAGGGUGGAGAUCAAUUGUGGAUUGGGUAUAUAGGUGUAAUCAAUUAGCUUAGGUCAUAGGGUUGAGCCAGAAAUCUAUCCCUUGUCAAGUAUUUUUUUUCCUCAUCUGCACAAAGUAUGUGGAUAUGUUAUUAUAAAAUAAAAAUAUCUCUUUUUAUUUUAAUCCGUGCUUGUAUCUUGUAGCUGUCCAAUGUUUAACUAAGUAUUAAAACAGACAGUUAUAAAUCUGGUGCAACAAAAAUAUGUAUCGCCCGAAAGGGAAUCAGUCCAGUGGACAGUGUUGUCAUUCUGUCUCAGAAAAUUAGGUUGUGUCAAGGUAGCCACGGCACAUUCUGUAGUUUUGCUUAACGGUAUAUGCAGGGUAGCUUUGUGUGAAUGUUGUGUUGGAUGAAUGUAUAUGUAGGUUAGCUUUGUGAAUGUUACAUUGGAUCGUGUGAAUGUAUGUGCAUGAUAGUUUUGUAUGUAUACUGUGCUGGAUUCCAUGAAUGUGUUUUUUAAUGUAGCUCUGUGUGUACGUUGGAUUGUAUGAAUGUUAAUGCAGUGUAGCUCUUUAUGUAUGAUUGAUUUGCAGGCUAUCUGUGCGUACAUGGCCUAAAAUAUUUUGUGAAUGUAUACACCGCUGUAUGUGUAUUUUGACUAGGAUUUUAUGAGUGUGUGUAUACAUGGUAGCUGUGUGUUACCAUUACAUUGGAUUAUAUGAAUGUGUAGCAGGAGUGGUUAUAUAUGUGCUCAGUUCUAAUACACUUGCUGAGUUGAUGAAUCUGAUACAUGUUACAGUACUAUAAACCAGCCUUAUAUGUCUAAAGGAUUUGCCUUAGCAGGCCCGAGCGUGUGUGUUUGUGUAUUUUUAUGUUGUUGUUGUUUUUUUUUUGUUUUUUUUUAAACCACUUUAUUUAGUGUAGCUUGAGGUUUUCCUGCUCCUAAUGCCAGACAGUGUUAAAUGUCAUGUCCAGCUGUAGGACCCCCAACUCCAAUAAUUUUUGUUCUGCCCAUAGGUGAUGGAUGUUAACAUGCUGUGGGUGCCCAGCCCAGUUCUAUGCCCUAGAUUAAUGUUUACUGUUUAUAGAAAUGGGAGCAAGGUGUUCUAAACAUAGAACUAUUUAAAAGAUGUAGGCUUGUACAUAGAUUCAACACCUGGGCACACAGUCAGCACAAAAGUUGUGUAGACCUAUUCCUAGUGCAGUGAUGGCUUAUCUGGGCACUUCACCUGGCUUUGAACUACAUUUCCUAUAAUGCCCAGCUAGCCUUUUUAUUCAAAAUCCCCAUGUCUGUAAAAGAGCUGCGGGUAGUAAACGGGAAUGUUAUCACCAAGUACACCCACCCAUUUCUUUCCGUUUUGCAGAUAAUAUGAUCAUUCCCGAAUCUACCCAUGCCCUAUCCUUAAUAUAUAUUUUUUAAUUUUAAGCAGAGCCUUCUAUAUUUGUAAUCCACCCCAAUGUUUAAAACAAAAACCAUUGACUACCGUGCAGCAAAAAAAACAAAACAGAACAAGUUAAAGCAAAAUGCAUUACUUUCAUAUCUGGUAUUUAAAUGGUUAUUUUUUUCACCCAGAGAUUUGCUUCUUAGAACUUUAUGAAAAAAACAAACCCGUCUAUUUUGCACAUUAAUAAAAAGACAGCACUAAAUGUCAAAAUACAUUUUGCACAUUAAUAAAAAGACAGCAAUAAAUUUCCUUCUUCAGUAUUGCGAAAGUUAAAUGUUAUUUUAUUAACGUAUAUACAUCAUUCAUUUAAUAGCUGUAGCAAUGAAUGCAUGCUGUGUGCAUUGUUCAUAGGUUUACAGCUCUUUUUUUAUUUUAUUUUAUUUAUUUAUUUUGUCUUUGAAGGAUACAAAGUCCUAUUGGUGAGAAGAUUUCCAAUUCUAAAACCUGAUUUCAAAAUCGCUAGAAAAUAAUAUCUCUUGUAUCAAUAACAUCCAUUCAGCAUUGCAAGCAGGUUAUAUAUAUAUAGGGUCGGGAAUGGAGAGCCUUUAACUUUGGCCAAGCAAUGAGCCUCUACGGUAAAACCAGAGAGAGAGAAUGUCUGUCUGAUUGUGAAGCUGUAUACUGGUCAAGACACUGAUGUCUUGAUCUCGUGCUGAUCACAGAUGCACAAGUUACACCACCCCAUAUGAUUCAUAAGAAUCUGUUUUAGCAUGUAUUAUAUGUGAAGAUUUACUUUUAUUGCCAAAUAUGCCAUGGGAUAUAAAUGUUCUUAAUACCCAAUACAAGAGUACUGAUUUUCUAUUGCCCUCAUAAUAUGAGUGGCUAGCAGAGUAUUAACAGUGUACAUGAUUGGUCUAUUAACUAGCAGAGCUAUCUCUUAAAAGUACACUAUAGUCACCAAAACAAUGUUAGCUUAAUGAAGCAGCUUUGUAUAGAUUCUGCUUCUGAAGUUUCACUGCCAUUUAGGAGUUAUAUCACUUUUGUUUCUGUUUAUGCAGUCCUAGCCACACCUCCCCUGGCUGUGACUGACACAAAGAAUGGUUUCAUUUUCCAUCAGAUGUAACUUAGUUUAAAAGUUUUUAUCUCCUGCUCUGUAAAUUGAACUUUAUUUACAUACAGGAGGAUCAUGAAGGUUCUAGCGAGCUGUUAACAGUGCAGGAGAUAAGACAUUCUUAAUUAAACAGAAUUUGUAGUAAAGGAAGUGUAAACAUUAAAGGACUCUUUACAGGAAGUGUUUCAGAGGCUUGUGUAAAUCACAUGCAGGGAGGUGUGGCUAGAGCUGCAUAAACAAAGUGAUUUAACUCCUCAAUGGCCGAUAAUUGAACAGUGAAACUGCAGGGGCAUAACCUAUACACCAAAACUGCUUUGUUAAGCUAAAGUUGCUUUGGUGACUAUAGUGUCCCUUCAAGCUCACAAAUCAUCUAUUAGUAAAUAGACUUUAGCAUCUGAAUGCUAAAGAUAUGCUUGCUGAAAUUCCACUCUGAUUUUCUAAGUGAUAUACUUUUGCCACAAAAAAGUGCAACACACACUGUAUCCUCACAUCCUAAUACACAAGACAUCAAGGUCAUUGUUAAAAAUAAGUGUUGCACAUUAUCAUUUUACAAACAAAUAAAAUAGUCACCUAUAAAAUAUAUAAAAAUAAUUAUGGUACAGUUUAAGUUCCAUAGGAUGUUUAGUAUAGAGCAGUAUAAUCAUAGACAAUUCCUGAAUUUUUCCAAGUAGUCUUCUCUAGCUAUCAGAGAUAUAAUAUUUAGAGAACGAUACAGCACAGUAUUUUAAUGACACCAGACUUAGAGUAAAUAGGAAUGAACAAUCAUGCACUCACAUUAUGCUUAGAUAACAUCCAAUCAAAAUUAUUGUUAACACCCCACAAGUAAAGCUUAUUAUAAUGAAUACAAAUACCUGCCACAAUCACUUGGUAAAUAACUGCCUCAAUCCUUGUGGAGAUUGCCAGCAGAAACACAACCUGGGUUUCUUCAUUCUAUGAGGUGCUUCCACAGGUGUUUGUAUAUAUUUGAAGAGAAUGUGUGAUGGUUUCAGGACCCACACUACUCAUUUCAACAUUUGAUAAACAUUUCAACACACUCUUCUCAAACUAGAAUCGAGCAAAAAAUUGGCAGAAUUUCUCUGUUUCAUCAAAGUUGCCCAGUCCUCUUAAACGUUAACCCUUACAGUUCCAUUACUAACAAUCCUUUAAAAUAGCAUUGUGUAUUGCCUUUCAUGCAUAUUCAAAAAUACCAUGUGUACAUAGAUCAUUGUUAUAAACUUACAUUUCAUAAAAUAUUACAUUAUACAUUAACCUUACUCAUAAAGAAAAACCAACGUAUAAAGUAAUAUGUUAAUUCAUAGUGUAAAAUGAAUUGUACAUUUUGUUUGUUCGGCACGAUAAUCUAUUACCACAUAGAAUUUUUAUAAGAAUUAUUCUAAUGUGCAUUAAAGGCUACAAGCAGUGCAAUUUUAUCGGAUUGUUGUAAAUUGAAACAUUUAAGGUUAAUAUUUAAGAGGAGGGGCUAACUAUGAUCAGUAUAAGAAAUUCUGCUCUACCUCAACUACCUCAAUUCUGAUUUUACUGAGUGGCGGAAGGAAGGGCAGAAUGACGUCAAAAAGCAUCUUGUGCGCCAUGACGUUAUUGGGUGAUCUCCAAAAAUGUCACAGUACCAGCUGAAACAUCUCAUGGAAUGAGGCCAGUAUGUGUUUCUACUGGAGAUGUCCGCAUGGACUGGACAAUUAUGUGCCAGCCGGCAUUGAAGACUCCAAUUUUUUUUAAAUGAAUUAUAAUGUGAUUUAAUUGUGAGCUUAUUUCCAGUAAUUCGGUUUGUAUGCCCACCAUAGCACAAUGCAAGUACAUAGGUUUUUAUUCUUUCAUCAUUAUGUAAAAUAUGCGUGACCUCUUAAAUAUUGCACUAUAUAGUUGCCUAUAUAUUUAUUAUUUCUUUGACAACUGGAUAACACUAUUAGGAAAAUGUCCAGAGUGUUUGUGCAUAUACUGUUCUAUACGAAGGGCCGAGGGCUUUCAUUUCAUUCUGCAUCAUAUUUUUUUGUAUUUUUUUUAUAGGUUUAUACUAUUGUGUGAUAUAUAUUUUUUCCAAUUUUAUUAUAGUGCAUACAACUUGUUUAAAAAAAAAAAAAAAAAGAAGAAUUCAACCUUUUAGUGGCGUUAGGACAUUUCCUUCUAUGCCAUGACACUAUUGGAUUCUCAGACCACUAGUGAAAGUUCUUACGAAAAGAAAUAACAUCACAGAUUACAACCAAAGAAGGGUACUGUACGUUAAGAAAGAAAAAAAUUGUCACCUUAGCUUCAACCAAUAGCAGGGAAUCACAUGAUAUAACUGAGCUAAUUCUACCACUAGUAAUAGAAUUCCUUGCCCAAAGGUUAUUGGUUUUAGCGCAGUAUGCUGCUGUUUUUGUGCGAUUCUUGUUACUCUUAUGACCUAAAGCAGUGUUUUUCAAACCUGGCUAAUCGGUGGUUAAUGGGGUUGAUAUCUCCAUUUGAAGACUAUUGGAUAUUUCUUAAAUACUUCACCACUGGUGGUUUGAGAAGCACCGAUGUACCGGGAGCAUAGUCACUAUGAGCAGGACAAACAUCAGUAACAAUAAGCUCCCCUUCCUCUGUGUGUUCCAUACAUUUCCUCUCCUUGGAGAGGUAUGAUUGGCCUGAAUCAGCUUUCCUAUGCAGUGUGAGCUGUGUAUGUAUACAUAUAAGGAUUAAAUCUUUUAGAUUUCAAAAGAAUGCUGCAAUUUUUAAAAAAUUUAAUUAAAUUGUUUUGGGGUAAAAACUACAAGAAAAACUUGAUGCCAAAAUCGAUCAAAUGUAUUAGAAAGUAACACUUAGUCAGCUGUACCAUUUUAUAUUAAUGAAGUGGUCUUGGUGCAGUGAGCCGGUCAUUGUACUCCUGCAAUGUAAUACACUGCAGUUUUAUUUUAGAGGGUUAAAUACACCAAUGGUGGCUGUCUCCUGACAUGCACAGGAGAUGCUUCCUAUUCCAGACCUAGUAAAAUCUGGUCUUGGAAUCAAAUGAUGAUCAAUGCUAAUAGCAGCAUUUGAUUGAAGGAGCAUGGUGCUUGAGAAGCAGUGGAAUGGAAGAGAUUGCAGGUGAUGACAGCUUGGAUUCUGACAUCACCGGGGAUGGACCUGGAGACAGCGGAGGAGAGCUGGAAAUGAGGUGAGUAAUUACUACUUAACUUUAUUAUUUAGACUGAGACGUCAGGAACCACAUUUAAUAUUAAAUGUAUAUAACCAUUACAGUUAUUUAAUAGAUCAAUAGACGUACUCCUGUAUAUUACCCUAUUCUUAUUUUAAAACCACCAUACUGGUAAUGUAAUAACAUUAAAGGUCUUACAGAAAUUCGGGUGGUUCUCAACUUGUUCUUGACUCAAUAUUCUGUUAAUACUUUCUCACUUACACAAAGAUUAUUUUGCUGGUGGGUGGUUAUUCACAUCAUGAUUUCACAGAGUGUGGUGCUUGGAUGGCUGGGUCUAGACCAUGUGUGAUUUAUAUAUGUAAGAAUAUAUAAAUAGAUUGUGUAUUAGCUAAACAUUUGAAGUUAGGAUAAUAAAAAUCCUUUUAAAAUAGCGGUGAAGUGGCUGCAAUUAAUAGUUGAGGAUAAGCCUACUAUAGACCCGUACUGACUAAUUUUUGGCAUUGGGUCUCCACAUGUCUCCUGUAGUAGUAAUAGAUACAAUGCAUUGUGGCUAGUAUGGCGUUAUUAGCUAAGGCAGCCUAUAGACUAUGGCUUGUGCAAAAUUCAGAGAAAACACGUCACUGUUCACAUAUCCCAUUAACUUUCCAGUUUGCAUUCAUUCUGUUUGUGUUAAGUGUUCAUUCUCUGUCUCUGUAUGAGUGUGAAAGUAUGGGUAGAUGCUGGUCUAUGUGAAUUUGUUUUGUAUCCCAUUGUAGUGUGUUACUAAAAUAAGUUUCUCCUUCUGUGAUGAGAGAGAUCUGCGUUUUUUAUGGACUGCGUGUGCAUGUUUGCGUGCAGUUAUUAUGGACUGUGUGAGAUUUGUGGUUAUGUGCUAACAUUCUACAAAUUAAACUUGCAACCUUCUGCUAGUGUGAUUGUGCGUGUGUGAUUCUGUAAGUAUGUUCCUUGUUGAAUAAUGUGAAAGACUGAUUUAGGGUAUGCAUAGUGAUAUCUGCCAGUGCUCUGUGAUGCCAGCAAGAAUGGUUUCAAUGUUUGCUUAGAGACACCUGAAGAUGCUGUUUGUGCACAGAGACCUUUGUGUGUGGUAGCAGUGCAUAAUAAAGUCGUCUGAGCGUGUGCAGUCCUGUCCUGCAAGUGUGAUACGGUGUGUACAGUGAUCUCUGCCAAUGUGUGGGGAUCUGUAUGUCCACAACAAUGCGUGUGCGUAUGUUGUUGCAAUGAGGCUCUGCCGAUGGGUGUCCAGGUGCCUCUCUCCUUGUUCAUGUGUGUGAACUGCGUGUCGCUCAGUCUGCGCAGUAGUUUGGUUGAUGUAACUCUUUAUGAUCCUCUGAUAUAUACAAAUAAAUCCUGUUUCUUUCUCAUCUUGGUUUCCAAUCCUAAGUUUUUGCUUGAUUUAUUUGGCACUCUGGCAGCUCUGCAGAGCAUCAUCCCGUUAGCUUCUGUUGAGCAGUGUAUGAAAAUGUUCAGUCCAUGUCUCCCUGACUCAGUAGGGGAGCAUGGUCCUCUCUCCUUUCCUCUAAUUGCUGCGAAGAAGCUCUCAGUUACAUGGCUCAGUCAUUGACUAAUUAGGGUGUUUAAUGGUCUGUGCACUUCAGGCAAGGGGUGAGCCAAAACGCCUGUUGUCCUGACUCAGACUGCCUUUCUACAACCUGCUGUAGAAACUAAAAUUAGUCACUUGGAGAAAGAUGCCUUUCUUUGCAGUCGAUGAUACUUUUAUGGGACUUUUGUUUAGUUUUGUUUUUUUUUGUCAAUUUGAGUUCCCAUCAAAACUAUGAACACAUUCCGAACAACUCUUACUGUCAUCAGUUAAUGCUCUACAACGUAUUUUGGUAUAGAUAAAAUAAACCUGUUUAUACUUUUUUUACUAUUACGUACACAACAAGCAUCAGCUCUUUCAUACAAAAUAAAUCGAUAGCCAAAUUACAGGUACAGAUCAAAUUCACGACUGAUACCUUGACAAAGUUUUGAAAUUCUUAAAAGGGACAAUACAAUUUUUUUUUAUUUCCUUUGAGAAACUUUUCGAAAUCUAGUGGUAGGUUACCUGGAGCAUUAAAACAAGCAUUCAAGCAAGAUUUACUAUUUUUUUUAGCAGUCUAUUGCUACGCAACCCUGAAGAAGAACAAAGAAUAAACCUAUAGGGUGUUGGUUUUUUAGUAUUUGCACUUUGUAUUAUUUUUUUUUUAUAUAGCACUGACAUGUUUGGCAGAAACGUAAUUUUUUUUUUUAUAAUAUGACAAACAAUUAAACAAUGUUAACAGAAACGAUAAGACCAUCCUUAAAUAAGCUCAUUGUAUUUUGUUUAUGUUUCUGUGUGUGUGUGUGUGUGCGUGUAUGUAUGUAUCUAUCUGGCAAGUCACUUUACAGAACUGCAUAAUACCUGCCAUUUGGUGAUGCAUACAUGUAGAGAAAUCCCCAUUUUACAUAUCUCUAUGUAGGUUACCUUAAUCUCUCAAUGUAAUAACCCUGAGUUGUUACUCUAUUUCAAUAAUUUGUUUGGGUCUAUCAUUUUUUUAAACUAUUAAUUAUUACAUUGUUUUUUAUGAUACAAACCUCAAGGUCUGAAGCCAAUAAUUGACAGAUGCCAUUAUUUAUACUUAUUAGGAAGUAAAUUAACCUUUCUGGAAGUAUCCAAUUAUAUCUAUUAUUUAGUGUCCAAACCAUACAGAAAAGCUAUUCAACAUCAGUGGAUUCCAAAGAAACUCAACAACAUUUGUAUCAUGGUGAUUUACUCAAUCUCUCUUUGUGCUUAUCUUGGUUUGUCACGCUACUCCAAG